AAUCAUAACGAAGAGGAGGCGGGACUUAGCGGUACCAAUGAGGUGUCCAGGACUCUGCCUUACAUGGUUAUCGGAUAAAAAAGAACAGAAGAAAGUUUACAGCUCAUGAAACUAUCAUCAGAAUGAAUGGGACGGCUUAUUCCAACUUUGACAAGCAAGAACAUGUCUUGAAAUUAGGAGAGACGUUUGAGAAACAUCCUAAAAGUGGCUACCAUACAGUGCGAUAUGACUUCAAGCCAGCCUCCAUUGAUACAACAUGUGAAGGGGAGCUUGAAGUGGGCAAAGGAGAGCAAGUCACUAUUACCUUACCCAAUUUAGAGGGUUCAAGUGCUCCAGUAACAGUCUUCAAGGGGUCAAAGAGGCCAUACAUGAAAGAGUGCAUCCUCAUUGUGAACCAUGACACAGGGGAGUACAGAUUGGAAAAACUCAACAGCAAUAUAGCUGUGAAGAAGACCAGGGCUGAGGGCAGCAGUAAGAUCCAUUCUCGCCUGGAGCAACAGACCAGUCGCCUGAGCCAGCAACAGCAAGUGAAGAGUAACAACAGCAGCAGUAGCAAGACCUCAGCCAGCUCCAAGAAUUCUCCUCCCAAAGAUAAGACAUCCCCAGCAUCUCCCAUGGACGACAUCGAGAGAGAGUUGAUGGCGGAGGCUCAGGUCAUGGACCAGCUGAGCAGCGGUGACAGCUCCUCAGAUUCCAACAGCUCCUCGUCCUCCAGCAGUGAUGACAGCUCCAGCAGCAGUGACUCUGAAGAUGAACGAACUUCUGCGCCACCCACAGCCCCAGCCAACCACAGCAUGCCUAUCCUCACCACCAGUGCCAACACCAACAGUCGCAACCAGGAGAGUGGAGGAGGACUCAUGAACACACUCAAGAAUGACCUCCAGUUGAGUGAAUCAGGCAGUGAAAGUGACUGAACACAGGGACGUCUGUGGACAUCAGGAGGAUUUUCAGUGAAGAACCGGCUACAGACCUGUCAGUGUCUUGCUUCCUUUAAUGUGGAAACUGUCAUGUCUGACAGUACAUAUUCACAAUUCUGCUAGCUAAAUAUAAUUAGUUGCUUCGCCAACAAACUUCAAAUUUUAUGUCACAUUUAUGGCUUCAUGAUCUUUUUUGUUGUUGUUGUGUGGAUACUGUAUGUUAAAGAGAUAUCUUAGUUCAGAGUGACGUGAUAUAGUUGGUGUAAGAGAAGCAGUAAAUUAUAACAAACUAUCCGUAAUGUUUCGUCUCACUGGAUGCACAUCUGUGGUUAAACUGACCAAGCAUAUCAAAGGCAGAAUGAUGAGUGUUAAUGUGGAUGUUUCUGCACACCAAUCAGUUAUCUUAAACCACCACUGGAGUUUCUGCAUUUCAGCUUAGCAAUAUUAGGAAUUUUGCUGUGCCUUAGGUCAGAUGUCGGUUAAUAGCUUUAGUUCAGCUACAUUAGUUUCUGAUUGGAGACAUUAAUCUGUUUCAACAGAUUUUAGGAUGAGCCACACUCAUAUGACUUAUAGUUAUUUUAAAGUUAGCUGUAGAGCCUUUUGCUUUAGAUUACUGAAACCCAGCUGCAGGACAACUAAAUAUUUUCAUUUAAAGAUGCAUCAAUUACAAUUAAAAUGUUGGCAGUGCUUUGGGGGCAAUGGAACAAGCUUAAAACAUAACAUUGAUGUAUUCUCUCCUUAGAAAGUUGUAGCAAAGGGGUAGCAAACAGUUGCUUAUUUAGACACCCAGCAGUCACAGAUCAACAUUAGCAUUUAUUUGUAGUUGUGUUUCUUGCAAACUGAAGAAUGGAAGUCGAAUAUUCACUCUCCUUUUAGCUCUAUAAAAUAAUCUGGCUCUUUAGCUGCUAGAUGCUCCACUAUGUCCACCAGCUAGUUGCUAACUCUGUCUCUGUCUGCUGUUUGACACUGGGUGGGUAGUGUACAGUUUUAUCAAAGUGUUUUGGCAGAUAACGGCUGCCUGCUGUGACUGGAAACUGGGUGGAUGAGAGAGGAGGUGUUGGCCAGA